AUCCAGGGAAAGAUUUGUGAGGCGAAAAGAAGCUUUUCCUCGAAUGUGUUAGCGAGCGUCAGUGAUGCAUCUGCAGGUGUAGUCAUGGGAAACAGGUGGCUCCAGGUUCCCACACAGCUAGCAGUGAGCUGGGGAAAGGAGCAAGUUACAGCAAGUCCGUGUCAACAAGCUAGAGAUGGACACUGCUCAAGAACGCAAGCCAAAAAGGCCUCACUACAUUCCUCGACCGCUUGGGAAACCAUUCAAGUACCAGUGUUUCCAGUGUCCAUUUACCUGCAAUGAGAAGUCCCACCUCUUUAACCACAUGAAAUAUAACCUGUGUAAGAACUCCAUCUCUCUGAUGUCACAGAAAAAUGGUCCAACGGCCCGACAGGACAAGACAGCAGCAAAGGCCACCCUAGUAAAGUCAAUGGACUGUCAAAACUUGCCAGGCGGUGUAUCCAUCAAUCAGGACAAACAGCAGGCUAAGGAGAACAAAGACGAGGUGAGAGAUGCAAGUGAAGAGGUCAAUGUUGGGUGUGAUAAUCCAAUCAAAAGGGGAAAAGGAAGGGAAGAGGAAUGUCCAGCAGGAGAAAACCAGGACAGCAAAGACACUAAGUCAAUGCCACGCCGCCAAUCUGCCUUCUCCCUGGUCACACCCAACCGUGACGAAGCCUUCAACACACCCAUGCAGCCAUCAGACCAUCCACAAAUUCCUCAUUUCAAUCGCCCUGCAUUUCCAAUAACGUUUAAGCCAUUCCCCGCUCCAAUUGGUCUAGAAUACUCUCCUUAUCUCCUACCUGACCAACAUCUCUCCACGCAAUACUACCACCCUGCCAACCAACAUGCAAAUGAGCUCGAUUCUUCUUUUCGGCGAGAGGUCCCAAAUCCCCAAAGGCCAGUGGUGCCACAUGGCACUGCUUCGCCACUUCCUGCUUCACUCUUCCCACCAUACCAAUACAGAUACUGCCACCCAGUCCACCCCUUUCAUUAUGGCCUGUACAGACCCCAUGACAUCUCCAUGCCCAUCACAGCAUCAAGAUAUAUUCCCUUGGACUGGUACCAGCAAACUCUCAGCUCUAAAGAUCCCAAUUUAUACAUACAAUCCCAUCCCUGUCAUUUCAACGCCAUCGAACAAGAGCAGCUAGAACACAGGCAAAGGGAAGACAAGGCAACCAGGCUGAGCCCCAAGGAGGGAUGUUCCGCUUUGGGAUCCCCUGACAGACCAAGUCAUGCACAGGUCAUCCAGAAGGACGGAGGGCAGGCGCCACAGGACACCAACGUGGACAAGCGGCUGCCAUCGACAGUGGCUCAGCAUAUGCAGACCAACACCAGGCAUAAAGAUACAGCGGAGAGCUUGCUGCAGCUAGGAACUCUGCUUGUAGAUAGAGGAUCAUCUGACAACAGCAGAUAUUGCGCUGUGUCUGAGUCAUGUCCCAAAACUACAUCCGAACAUGAAGACGAGGACAACGGAGACGAUCCAGCACCGCUAAACCUCUCAACGAGAAACCAAGACAAAGACAGAUUUUCAGCCGACCACAGAGACCAGCCAAAGGGGGCAGAGUUACCCCUGAACCACACCCUUUGUUCUUCUCAGGCUAGCUCUUCAGAUGAACCUCAGCUGAGUGCGGAUGAAGAAACCUUUGACCAGAGGCAGAAUGCAGCGCUGGCGCUCUGUCAGCUCUACGUAGCGAGCACGGCUGCUUCUUUAUGUGACUUUGAGCCCGCAGAGGGACUCAAGGAAGAUGACGUAGUUCCCGAAAAGACAAAACGUACGACCAGGGCGACCAUGACAGGUGUGAAACGAGCACACCAAGCUAAAACAAACAAUAAAGCAAACAAGAGAGCUAAAGUGACAAAGCGGAAUGUGAGGAGGAGGAGGCCUCGCCGCAGCUAAGCAGAUAAUAUUAUUUUGUAUUAAUUGGCGAAAAGCUUUGAUCUAAUCAGCCUGUGGAACAUCAUCACUGAAGCACUGAAAGACUGUAAAUAUGGUUUUAUGUUGUAAUUGUACACACACUGGACACAACAUUAGGUAGACCUCCAUAAUAUGAGCGACCGACUUAUGUACAUGUUUGCUCUUGUGGUUGUAUUUUAAAGGGUUGUCUCUAAUAUUGUGGGUACCCCAUUUAACCAUAUGAGUAGAGAAAAUGCUGUCUACCAAAUGUAUUUACUCUAAUAAACAUCAACUCGAAAUAGAGCAUUAUUGACACAAAUAUCUGUAAUGUAUUAACAUGUGUACCAUAUUUUUUUGCAUCAUAUUUCUUGGCUGCUCGGCAGUUUUAGAACGAUCUUACAUUAGCAUUAGCACUCCUCUAGGGUUUGCUGGAUUGCUAACAAACCUUUGAAACUGUCAGGUCUCUUCAGGUGAGUGUGUAAGUGACAGGAAGAAAAGCUCAGACUCUCUUGGGGAAAAAUCAAUUUGUUGGUUUGUAUAAAUCUGUUGUCCCUAAAUAUAAGACAACCCUUUUUUUAAAGACUUUUUUUUUCCAGGGGUGAAAUACUGUCUUGUAUUUGAUUCAUAAUGUAUAUUGGAUUCUUUUUAGAGUAUGUUCAUAUAAAAAUAUGGGCACUUUUUGUGACGUCGUUUGAAGAAAAACUGA